CCGUCAGUUCAAAAAGUUUGCUAUGUACAAAACAGUAUAAUAACCAACUCUAAUUCGCCUUUUCCAUUUCUCUGUUUCAACUUCUUUUCCGUUUCUCUUCCUUUCUCCUUCUUCUCUUCUACAAACCCUAACGAAUACUAGAUUUCUCUCUCACUCUUCUGCUUCACUCGAUGAUCACCGAUUCUGACAUGGCCAUUCCUUUUUCUUCGAACGAUUCCGUUUCUCACGAAAGGAAAUUCCUGAAGCAUAUCCGUGAUAACGUUCACGGCAACAUCUUUCUCGAGCCUAUCUUCUUGAAGUUUGUUGACACUGAACAAUUUCAGAGGCUACGUGAUUUGAAGCAGCUUGGCCUAAGUCAUAUGGUUUACCCUGGGGCUGUCCACUCUCGUUUUGAGCAUUCACUUGGUGUUUAUUGGAUGGCUGGCAAAGCUAUAGAUAUCAUUAAAAAAUACCAGGGCCCAGAGCUCGGUAUUGAACAAUUUGAUGUAUUUGCAGUGAAACUUGCUGGAUUACUACAUGAUGUUGGUCAUGGCCCCUUCAGCCACACUUUUGAGCGCGAGUUCCUCCCCCUGGUUCUUAAUGGCUCCACUUGGUCUCAUGAGGAAAUGUCUGAGAAAAUGGUAGAUCACAUUGUUGAUCAACACAAUAUUGAUUUGGAUCCUCAACUCCUCAAAAAAGUUAAGGAAAUGAUCACUUCUAGCUCUCACCAUCCUCAAGACCAUCUUCCACAAAGGGAUAACCAGUUCUUAUAUGAUAUUGUUGCAAAUGGUCGCAAUGGAAUUGAUGUUGAUAAGUUUGACUACAUUAUUCGUGAUUCACGUGCUUGUGGCCUAGGGUGCAACUUUCAGCCUGAGAGAUUGAUGGAGACCAUGCAAGUUAUGGAUGACGAAAUUUGCUAUCGUGCUAAAGAUUAUCUGACAAUUCACAAGUUAUUUACAACGCGCGCUGAUUUGCAUCGAACUGUCUAUACACAUGCAAAAGUAAAGGCAAUAGAAUUGAUGGUUGUCGAUGCAUUGGUGAAAGCAAAUCCAUAUCUACAUAUUACAUCUUCAAUUAAUCAACCAUCUGACUUUUGGAAGUUAGAUGACUCAAUUCUUAAAACAAUUGCGUCUUCUUCCAAGCCAGAGCUGAAGGAAUCCAGAGACUUGAUUCUACGCAUUCACAGAAGGGAUCUGUACCAGUUCUGCAAUGAAUUUUCUGUUCCAAAGGACCAACUAAACAACUUCAAAAGCGUCACACCCCAAGACGUUGUUUGUUCCCAGUCAAAUAGCAGUAUCACGUUGAAAGAAGAUGAUGUUGCUGUGAGCAAUGUUAAAAUUGAUUUAACACGAGGAAUGGAAAACCCUCUUACAAAAAUUAAUUUUUUCAAGGACUACGAGAGUAAAGAAAAAUUUGCCAUCGAAGACGGACGAAUCAGCCAUUUGUUGCCGGCAUUUUACGAAGACAUUAUAGUGAGAGUAUACAGUAAGAAGCCAGAACUGGUGGAAGCUGUUUCAACUGCCUUCGAAAAUUAUCAGCUCAAGACAUUCGGAAGGAAGGCACAAGUGCACGAAACUCCUGAGAAGAAGAAGCACCUUAAGCAUAAAACCCACUCUACUGGCAUUACAACUGUAGAUAUCUACUAGUCUACUAAUAGUCCCAAAUAAUCUUUACCUUGUAUACGCCAUGGGUUGGCUCACACGUCAGGACCCAAUAAAAAAUAUACUAGAUAAUAUCAUUAUUUUGUACUUGCUGACGGCCUAUAUUGUAUAUUUUGCUUGGGCAGAAGAUUACAAUCCGUUGAGAAAAAUUACCGAUAUGAUGAAACCCAAAACAAAAAUACUGAAAUGUUUGUUUAAUUACCGAAAAUAUGAUGGGAGUACUACAUCCCUCUCUUAAUAGA